AUGAGUUUGCAUGUAUUUAGCAGAUGUAUGUCAUUGAGUGCUGUUGUCCGAGCAACAGAACAUAUUGUAAGGUCACCUAUUCAGGUACACGGAGUAGAAGGACGAUAUGCAGUGGCAUUGUAUUCAGCAGCAGUGAAAGACAGAAAUCUUGAUACUAUCGAUAAGGAUCUCAAGUCGUUACAGAACGUUUACCAAACUAGUGUUAAAUUCAAGAACUUUGUACUGGAUCCUUCAUUAACACCGUCAUCCAAAGUAAAAACUAUGAAGGAUGUUGCCAAAAAUCUGAAUGUAAGCAAGGGAACGCUCAAUUUUUUGGGUUAG